CCGCGGCGCGGCCGGGGGCCGGCGCGUGCGCGGUGCGGGCUGGCGGCGGGCGCGGGCGAGGCGAUGGCGGCCAUGGGGGCGAUGGCGGCCAUGGGGGCGCUGCCGGCGGGCGCGCUGCCGCCGCUGCCCACGCUCGGCGUGCCCGGCGUGCCCGAGCUGAAGCCGCUGACGCGGUACGAGGCGAUGCGGCUGGGCCCGGGCUGGAGCCACUCGUGCCACGCCAUGCUGUACGCACCCAACCCGGGCAUGCUCUUCGGGCGCAUCCCGCUGCGCUACGCCGUGCUGAUGCAGAUGCGAUUUGACGGACUACUGGGCUUUCCCGGGGGGUUCGUGGAUCGCCGUUACUGGUCCCUGGAGGACGGUCUGAAUCGGGUGCUGGGCUUGGGUUUGGGCUGUGUGCGCCUGACGGAAGCUGACUAUCUGUGCUCGCACCUGACAGAGGGGCCACAUCGCGUGGUGGCACACUUCUACGCCAGGCAGCUGACCCUGGAAGAGCUGCACACCAUCGAGAUCAGCGCGGUGCAUUCCCGAGACCACGGGCUGGAGGUGAUGGGCAUGGUCCGUGUCCCCCUGUACACCCAGAAGGACCGCAUGGGCGGGCUGCCAAACUUCCUGGGGAACUCCUUCGUCGGAACAGCCAAAUUCCAGCUGCUCUUUGCCCUGAAGAUCUUGAACAUGGUGCCGGAGGAGAAGCUGGCUGAGGCAGUGGCUGCCACGCAGAAGCCAAAAAAGCCGGCGAUCGAACAGGCAGCGGCGGCGACAGCUGCGCCGGCAAACGCGCCUGCCGCUAGGCCAGCGAACGAGCUGGCGGCACCAGCUAAAGCAGCUAACGAGCUGGCGGCAGCGAAGGCAGAGAACCAGGCAGCAGCGCAGGCAGCGGCUGAGCCUGCGGAGCAGCUGGAGGCCCGGCUGGCGGCCCCGGUCGAGGCGGAGCAGCAGGCGGCUGUGCCGGUGGCCCAGGCCGUGGCCGAGGUGGCGGAGCAGCCGGCGGCUGGGCCUGGUGCGGAUGCCGUGGCCGUGCAGCUGGCGACCGAGCCGAUGGAGUGACGCUGCUCUUGUUGUGAUUGAUUAAAAAUGGGUGAGGAGACUAGAGACUUUCUUCUAACUUUCCAACCAGUCGCUGGCUGCAAAUGCUGCCCACGUGAUUCCACUGUAGUACUGUCCAGCCAGGAGGGGUUGGAUUUGUCUCAAGCAGGGGAAAGCUAUGUAUUUUUAUGGCCAUUAAACUGUAGCGAGCUUCCCAGAUCAAUUUGAACGCCCCUUCCCUACCCCCACCCCCACCCCGCCGAGGGUUCAUGUGCUUACACGAGGGCGCCGAAGCCUUAGAAUUAUGCUUUGAUUUCAGGGACACACUGCUGAAUUCAGGUCCCAGUUUCAUUUUUAAGGAACAAACCUUAUUUUUUAAAUGCCCCCGCUUGGUGCCUCAGAGCUGUGUUUUGCAGUGGACAUGGCGGAGGACCAAGGCUGCUGGUUAAGCACCUCUCCCAGCGUAGGUGGACGUGCUGCUGGGGCUCCCGCUCGGGGCGGCUGGCGUCCCCUCAGCGGGCGAGCAGUGAAUUCCCUCUGGGGCGUGGGGAAUCGCUCAUGUGGGUUUGCAUCUAGAGAUCUGUGGGAGCAGGAAAGUGGAAUAAAUGGCUUUGCUGAC